CCCACCUUACACGCGGUAACAACUAACAAAUAACAAGCAUUAAAUUCCUUACCCUAUCCUUCUAGAUUUUUGAGUCCACUUCACACACCAAACUUCCAAAUUUCCACAUAGUCGCAGUUACAAAAGCCCCCUUUAUGCACAAGAAUUAUAGCCAAAGAAUCAUGACGAUUUCUGAUGCUGUGGUGGGAAAUCUAACCACCAUCUACCUGGUGGCGAUAGCGGCGAUGAAGGCUUACGGGCUGGUUUCAGGACGGAGCUUCAGCGGGUGGUGCGUCCUGAUUCUGUCGACCGCAGCGGUGGGUGUGAUCUUAAUUGCAACUCUGACUUGGGACUUAUCCCGCAAGGCCACAUCGUAUGCCUUUACACGCGAUCACGGCCACCACGAAAUGUGCCGCGGCGGUAUCUGCUGGCACGGCGUCGCCGUCAAAUCGCCGGCCUCUCAGGUCGAAAGAUAAAAGAGAGAGGUAUCUAGGGUUUUAUUUUUAAUUUACCUUUUUCCCCCCUUGUAAUUAAAGAUCCAAUGCUGUUUUCAUCACUGUAAUUAAAAUAAUGAUGUUUGUGUUAAACUCUAUAGUUUGGAGUGUGCGCGUGUUUUUUUUUUUUUUUUUCCUGCCAUUUUUAAACCUUAGUCCUUGGCAUUAUAAUGAAAAUUGUGAAGCAUCCAAGUUGAAUGGAGUCAAAA